AUGGCUGACAAGAGAAAACUUCAAGGUGAGAUCGACCGAUGUUUGAAAAAAGUAGCUGAAGGUGUAGAACAGUUUGAAGACAUUUGGCAAAAGCUUCACAAUGCAGCCAAUGCAAACCAGAAGGAAAAAUAUGAAGCUGACCUUAAGAAAGAGAUUAAAAAACUACAGCGACUGAGAGAUCAGAUAAAAACAUGGGUGGCGUCCAACGAGAUCAAAGACAAACGGCAGCUAGUCGAGAACCGCAAACUCAUAGAGACGCAAAUGGAGCGGUUCAAAGUGGUGGAGCGGGAAACAAAAACGAAAGCCUACUCCAAAGAAGGUUUGGGCCUCGCACAGAAAGUAGAUCCAGCUCAGAGGGAAAAGGAGGAAACGGGACAGUGGCUAACAAAUACGAUAGACACGCUAAAUAUGCAGGUCGAUCAGUUCGAAAGCGAAGUGGAGUCUCUUUCAGUCCAAACGAGAAAGAAAAAAGGCGAUAAAGAGAAACAAGAUCGAAUCGAGGAGCUCAAGCGCUUGAUCGAGAGGCACCGGUAUCACAUUCGCAUGUUGGAGACCAUCUUACGAAUGUUGGAUAACGACUCGGUGCCAGUGGACGCCAUUCAGAAGAUCAAAGAUGACGUGGACUACUACAUUGAUUCUUCGCAAGACCCCGAUUUUGAGGAAAACGAGUUUCUCUAUGACGACUUAGACUUGGAAGAUAUCCCUGCAGCAUUAGUGGCCACGUCUCCGUCGGGUCAAGGCAACAUGGAAGACGAGAUGUACCUCCACUCGAGCAGCACUCCCACUUCCACCACCUCGUCGUCACCCAUCCCUCCGUCGCCGGCCACUUGCGCUGCUGAGAACUCAGAGGACGAUAAGAAAAGGGGACGGUCAACAGACAGUGAAGUUAGUCAGUCACCGGUCAAGAACGGCACACCCUCCCUGCUGUCCUCCUUCUCUUCCACCUCCACGUCCGGCUCGUCCUCAUCGUCGUCCCUUGUCUCCAUGGCGAGCGUGGUCGGGGGCGUCCCGGUGGUUCCCACCAGCAGCGGCCUAAUAGGAAGCUUCAGCAGCGCCGUGCAACAGCAUCAGCAUUUGCCGACGCAUCAGCAACAACAACAAGCUCAGCCGCAGAACCAAUCACAGCAGCAACAUCCUCCCUUGUCCAAAGCUUCGGCGCCCUCAAACAGCACCCCGAGUCCGCCCGGCAACCCGCUGCUCCCGACGUCUGCUGCGCCGUCGCAGCCCGCGCCAAGUGCGCCUAUUUCAUCAGCCGCCGGUUCUUUGUCUCAAUCUUCAUCCGGGUCCACCCCCGGUUUGGGACUCGGACUUGGAUUGGGUUUAGGCAAAGGCAGCAUCACGGGGACCAGCAGUGCCAAUCAAAUGUCGGCGUUAGGUUUAGGGGUCCACUCCACACCUAUGAAUACCAUGGCGGGGCUCAUUUCAGGGUCCACGCCAGCCCCUUACGCGCAAGCGGCGGCAGGCGGGUUGGGUCUAAGCGGCACCAGCAGCACAGCUUCCAGCAUUUCGGCGGACAGCGGCACUUCUAUCAUCACCACCUCCAGCGGCGUCACCACCAACGGUGCGGCCACGGCGCUCGGCCUUCUCGGAUCCGGACACGGCUCGCUGAGCGGCGGAAUUUUGGGCUUGGUGUCCGGGCAGAACGCGUCGCCAGCCGCCUCCCAGGUGCCGCCCAGUUCUGUCGGCGCCUCUCCGGGAGUGGUCGGCAUGAUGGGGGGCAACGGCGGGAGCGUCGGAAUGGUCGGCAACGUGCCCGCGCGACCGCCUAGUGGACUGAAGCAGAAUGGAAGCACAAGUUACAGUGCAGUAGUGGCGGAAAGUUCCACAGAAUCGGCUCUCAGCACACCGAGCCAGUCUCAAAGCAGCCAGCCGUCGUCCCUCAGUUCCUCCGCCAGUCAGCCGUUGGACAACGGCCCCAGUUUAAUCAGCUCCAUCACCCUGCCGCCCAGCUCGCCGUCGCCCUCGUUCUCCGACAGCACGCCCGGUGGAGGGAGCCUACUCAACGGGCCGCACUCCUACACGCAGGCCUCAGAAGGCCUCAAGGCUCCCGAGCCUCUAAUCUCCCUGAAGGCCAUGGCAGAGAGGGCGGCCCUGGGUUCGGGCCUUGACGGAGAGAUCCCCAACUUGCACCUAACAGAGCGAGACAUCUUCUCGUCAUCGGCAGCGCCUGGCACGCCCGCCGCCCCACAGCCAUCCGUGUCCGAGGUCAGCAUCCCACCGUCGCUCGGCGUCUGCCCGUUGGGACCCACUCCCCUCCCCAAAGACCAGUUGUACCAGCAGGCCAUGCAGGAGUCGGCGUGGACGCACAUGCCGCACCCGUCUGACUCGGAGAGGAUCAGGCAAUACCUGAUGAGGAAUCCGUGCCCCACGUUGCCCUUCCAUUAUCAGAUGCCUCCACAUCACUCAGACUCCAUUGAGUUCUACCAGCGACUGUCCACAGAAACACUGUUUUUCAUCUUCUACUACCUGGAGGGCACUAAGGCGCAGUAUCUGUCCGCCAAAGCGCUGAAGAAGCAGUCAUGGAGGUUUCACACCAAGUACAUGAUGUGGUUCCAGAGGCACGAGGAGCCCAAGACCAUCACUGACGAGUUCGAACAGGGCACUUACAUUUACUUCGACUACGAGAAAUGGGGCCAGCGGAAGAAAGAGGGCUUCACGUUCGAGUACAGGUACCUGGAAGACCGAGACUUGCAGUGA